AUGCAAAAUUGGAAUUGUUUUGUUGAGUGUAUACACUUUUGGCAGGCGGAAGAGAUCGGGCCGUGCCAUCGUUCACCGUUGACCUCAGAUCCGUUCAGACGAGCGGUGCUGGCCAACUUCGCGCAGUACUGCGACAAGUACUAUUUGCUCAUCUCGAAAAUCGUGUCCAUCCUGGAUUCGUUCGUACCCAAAGAGAUUGCCGGUGCCGGAGGGUGCAAUCUUGCCGUGACCCACGAUGCGGAAUCUCGCAGUGUACACAUCAUUUACGGCGAUGUCAUCGAAUUCGAAGUGGAAUCCGUUCCAGAGUGCGACGAAGACGAGCACUGUGACGAAGUGGCCCAAAUGGACGAUGUGAUGGAAGAAAUGUUGGUAGAAACGAUAGCGGAAGAUUCACCACCCCUCGGUUGUUCUGAUGAGGUUCUGAUCCAGAUCAAGGCGGAAGAGGUAUUGAGCACAGCGCGGAACGCAGACGUGGAAAUUAAGCCACUCGGCGAAGCCGCCGAUCCGAAGUACCAAUGUCAGUUUGUCAACUGCCCGAAAACGUUUCGGCUUGCCAAAGAAUACGCGGCACACCAAGAUAGCACCCAUCCGUGGCAGAUUGAUGGCGAAGUCAAGGUUCGCUGCAAAUUCCUUUCCUGCGAUGCCCGAUUCAGCAGCAUUCCGCAACUUCAGGCACACCACGUGGGGCAUCGUUUGAGGAAAAGGGAACCGAAAAAACGUAGCUCCCGCAAAGGCCCGGAAAUUAGCAUCCGGGGCCGGUGUUGCGAGCACUGCCACGUCGUCCUGAAACCGCACGUCAACGUGUACAGUCAACACUGUCUGGAGGAGCACGAUUGCACACCAUACACGUGCCCGCUGUGUAACGAACCAUUCCACCUGCAGUCUCACCUCGGUGACCACCUGAAAUCGGUCCACUCGUCUGAAGAGCUGGAUCACUUGCUGACGCACAAUCUGUGGCGUGAGUUCACGAUCGUUGAGCAACGGUUGGCCGAAUGCCGAUUCUGUUAUCGCGUUUUCACCGUUCACUCACUAUCCGCUCACGUCCAUCACCAUCGAAGGGAACUGCAGCAAUGCUGUCCACGGUGUGGCGGAGCUCACUUUGCAUCGUUCUGCAACCUUCCGAAGCCGCAACGCGCGAAAAGUUGGGAGAAGCUCCGCUGCAGCGAGUGCGGUUGUUGGUUUUCGAAGAAAAACUUUAAAGAGCACAUGGCCACGCACACGCACGAGCGGAACUUUCCGUGCACGGUUUGUAAGAAAACGUUCAAAGUACGGCGAACCGCGACCCGGCACAUCCAGAGUCAUGUGAAUGCCGCAAACAGGAAACGAUUGUGCUACGAUUGUGAUACGGUGCUCGAGAAUGAAGUGCAAAUUGUUGACCAUUACCAGGCCGAGCAUCCGACACUGCAACCGUACCGGUGUCCGAUCUGUUGCGAAGGGUUUUUCAAGAAGUCGCUUCUGGUUGAUCACUGCCACGCUCAUACGGAUGGCGAGCGGCGCGCGGUUUCGGUGAAGGAACCUAUGGCCGCCUAUACGAUCGGUAAGGCACAGGUGUUUGAGUGCACCUUGUGCCGGCGAAGCUUCUCAACGAAACGGUGCACGAUUGCCCACUUGAUCGUACACACCGAUCGGCCACACGUUUGCCGGGUGUGCAAUAUUUCCUUCCGGCUGCAAACGAACCUUGACGAUCACAUGAAGGAUAUGCACCUACGAAAAUGUGAAACCGCCACAAGCGAGUAG